ACGCAGCUGCCCAUCAACAAACGUGAAGAAAAAUUCGGGACGGAAGCCGCGGUUUUUUAUCUAUGAUAGCUAUAUAUCUAUAUAGAUCUAUGGUUUGGUGUAAUACAGCGAACGCAAAUAAGCGGUAAACGUUGACUGCACGAACAUGUCCAUAGUCUUUGUGCCAAGGAAACAAAGAGGAAAGGCGAAAAUCAACCAGGAGACUAUACAGAGGCUGCUGGACGAAAACGACCAGUUGGUCCGAUGCAUCACCGAGUACAUGCAGAAAGGCCGGGCGGUGGAGUGUGUACAAUACCAGCAGAUCCUGCACCGCAACAUCGUGUAUCUCGCCACCAUAGCGGACGCCAGCCCCGACACCACGCCCCCCUCCUCCGAGUCUGCAUCUAGUGUAACGUCAGCGGCGAACGGGGCUGGACCCUCGUGACGACGUCUGGCAGUGGGUCCUGGGACAGAUGGAGAAUUAUUAUAAUUUACAAAGAAAUCUAUUGAUGAAGUAGAGCUGCUUUCAGUAAUGUUACCCAGGUCAGCAUCAUUGGUGUCAGGUCACUUGAUGUUUAUUGUGAGAACAUGUCUUUGAAUCCUCUUACGUGUAUUAAAAAUGCCGUUCAAUUUU